AUGACAGAAGAAGAAUUGCGUACUUUUUGCUUGGUUAAGUUAGAGAAGUUGCUUCUGAAUAAUGGAAAAGCAUUGAAAGAUUUUAAUGGUAUGCCUUUUCCUAAUAGACGGUUAGUGGCCCAAUACAGUAAUUCAAUGGUGUUACGUGAAAUGCAGCAUGACAUUCCUUUGUUGGUUGAGGAACAUGAUUCGAACUUGCCAAAGUUGAAUGUAGAACAAAGAGUAGCAUAUGAUAAGAUAAUAGAUUGUGUUCUUAACAAAAGACGUGGUAUUUUUUUCAUUUAUGGUUUUAGUGGCAUCGGAAAAACUUUCUUAUAUAAACUUUUAUCUGCUAGAUUACGUUUUGAAAAGAAAAUUGUUAUUAAUGUUGCUUCAAGUGGGAUUGCUGCAUUAUUAUUACCUGGUGGUAAGACAGCUCACUCCAUGUUUGGUAUUCCAAUUGAGUUGAAUGAAGACACUGUUUGUAGGAUUUCGAAAAACAGUCCUAAAGCUGAUUUAAUCCGAUCUGCAAAGUUGAUUAUAUGGGAUGAGGCACCAAUGAUAAAUAGAUUAGCAUUUGAAGUAUUAGAUAGAACAUUUCGUGAUAUAAUGUCACCAGUUUUUGAUUCUAAUAGAGAUGUACCAUUUGGAGGAAAAAUUAUGAUACUUGGUGGAGAAUUUAGACAAGUAUUGCCUGUUAUUCCAAAAGCUUCAUGUGCUGAGAUAAUUAUAGCUUCAAUUAAUUCUUUAGUUCUAUGGCGACAUUUUCAGAUUGGAGAAGGACAAUGUGGAAUAAUGGAGAAUGAUAAAAAUAUUGUUGAAAUUCCAUCUGACUUGAUUGUCCCUAUUUUUGGUGAUCCAAUUGCAGACAUUGUCAACAUAGUAUAUCCUAACAUUGUUGAAAAUUAUGGGAGUCAAACUUUCUUUCAAAACAAGGCAAUCUUGGCUCCAACUGUUGACGUUGUUAAGGAAAUUAACAAUUAUAUUGUUGCAAUGUUGCCAGGUGAAGAAAAAGAAUAUCUAAGUGUUGAUUCUAUUUGUGGUAGUGAUGCUUAUUGUGAUAUAGAUAUUGGUUGGAUAACUACUGAAUUCUUGAAUCAAAUAAAAUGUUCUGGUUUACCUAACCAUUCAUUGAAGUGGAAAAAUGAUGUUCCUAUUAUCUUGUUAAGGAAUAUUGAUCCAGCUGGUGGUUUGUGUAAUGAAACUCGAUUAAUAGUUCGUGAUCUAGGAAGGAAUGUAAUUUCAGCUGAAAUUGUCUCUGGUAGUAUUGGUGAUAGAGUCUACAUUCCUCGAAUGAAUUUAAUUCUAAGUGAUGCUAGCAUUCCUUUUAAAUUCCAACGAAGGCAGUUCCCUAUAAGUUUGUCGUUUGCAAUGACAAUUAAUAAAAGUCAACGCCAGACAUUAUCAAUUGUUGGUUUGUUCUUGCGACGUCAGGUCUUCUCUCAUGGUCAGCUUUAUGUUUUUCUAUAG